AUGGAACACUUCGACAGGAAGUUCUCUUUGGGAGAUCGACACCCUCCGUCAUCAGUACUGCCCACCAGUUUCACGUCUCAUUUUUGUGCUAUUAGAUUUGUUUUGUCGCUUGAGAAUGAUUUGACAGUCAGAGCCAAAACCACUGAAGUUGCAGUUAAAGAUUUCAGUUCUGGUUCAUAUGGGACAAUAUUUGGAGAGGAGAUUGGACGAAGAAUUAAACAGGUACCAUUGGCAUUCUACAAUGCAACUCCCACCUCUUUGUUUUCGGAGUCUGAUUUUCCUGGUUGGACUUUCAAGUCCAACUGUGAUGAGGAGGAGCCUAUUACUACAAAUGAAGAUGAAAAUAGGAAGAAAAGCAUGUACGAAGAACAUGAUCAUAAUUUUGUUAAACGACAGCGGAUGGAAUGCUCGUGACCAAGUGAUCUCCCUCUCUCAUCCUCACACACACACACACACGAAAGAAUUUUGGCCCCACAAUUUUGUUUGAAUAUUGCAACGUUUAUGCUGCAGGAGGUACUGAUUUGUUCUUUUACAAGUUCUGGCAUUUGUUAUCGUGAUUUUAUAAGAUGUGUUAUUGUAACUCCAAUCAAAACUAGUGGAAUUAUGCCUUUCUCUGUGAUGUUGUUAGGGUAGCAAUAUUAGAAUGUCAGUUGCGUGCUCUAUUUAAAGCUUCAAUAGCAAUGUUCGGG